CAAUUGAACAUUUCAUCAAGUUGUUUUUAUAAAGUAGCAGUGUUGUUUACACCUCCUUGAUGCUUUCUUCACUUACUUUAAAACAAUUAGCAGUCAACAAAACCAAGAAAAUGACAUCGUUUGAAAAUGAGUCCCUGAGCCAUGUAUCUGACAAAUGCACGGAUACAUCAACUUGUGAUGGUACUACGUGUCGAUUUAAUGUGCAAAUAAAAAUGGYGAAUAGUCAGGCUAUAGCGUGUUGCCUGUGCUAAGUGGAUUGGCCUUCUUAAUGACAUGAGUAUGUCCACAAGUUCGAAUUGAUUAGCAUCAGAACUCUGUUUUAUCACGGUUACCGCGAGAUUCUCAUAUUUUAUUACAGAUUGUAUCUCGACCUUUGUGGUUCAGCCGUGUUGGAUAGGAAUCUAGUGUUCAUCGAUAAUCGCUUAUGUAAACGCUUAUACAAUCUCUGUUGUCAUUCAACCUGCUUCCACGUGAUUUAGAUGCAUUGAAGUGUGACCAAAAUCAACAGAGAAAGUGAUUAUUCGGUUUGCUGAUAAAAUAUGCUGACUGCAGCUGAGACAGUAGAAACAUCCUAAUGUAUUGAUAUUGACCGUGUAUUGGUCUGGCCUCCAACAACGAUCACCACAUUGCCAAUUCACGGCAACUAUUACGCGCCUGAAUUAAUGAAUGUCAACUUGAUGAAUUCUAACUCGCGGCCAGCUAAUUUUUAAUGUUUACAUGUAUGCAGAGAAGAGGRUUCUUGUUCUUGGAUUAUUGACAGUUUAUCUCGUGGGAUUUGAACUCUUUCUUUAGAGCAUUUAUCUGUUGGGAAGCUUGAAUUCUCAGCGAGAAACCAAYUGAGCUUUAGCUGUGGAGCAAUUCACUGCAUGAUAAAUCGCUCGCCAUGCUUUGGAGCAGACGAUUGUACACUGUUUAUAUUCUUCUAAUAAUUGACACUACUCCUCGGAGUUGACGCUUCAGCUUCGAUGGUCUCAAUUCGACGAGUUAUUUUAUCCAAGUUAUUGACCGUUCGACGAUCUAAAUGGAUGCUUAUUUUAUUCACGCUAAUACUGACUAUAGCCGUACGAAUUCUUGUGCAAGCUGGAGCUCGACUUUUCGAAGAAUCGUCGUCUACUUCUGAUGCUGAGUUUCUAGUUGGCUACAGCGACGAUUUAGAAAGAAAAACAAUAAAACAGAAAAAUUACAAAUUAACGUGGUUAGGAAAGGAAGACAAUCAUCGUAAGAAUGACGGAAAACAAAGAGAAUAUCGCGAAGAAACAACAAACACAAAAUUAUCAGUGGAAAACGAUUCUAACUCUGGUAGAUCUAAAGUACAAACAAAACGAAAAUUCAUAUUUGUGUUUCGAUACUACGAACAGCUAGGUAGAGCCACGAGUAAUUUACUCGCCUUGGCUUCAUGGGCUAGGUUUAGAAGUAGUUAUUUCGUAGCUCCGUUUGUAAACAAUUCACGUAUGUCAGGUCUGCCUGGAGGGGUCAGUCAUUUCUUACGAGAAACAACUGCUUCAAAAUUCGCUCCAUUGGGAACUUAUUAUGAUGUUAAAAAGCUGAAUGAGAGUCUUAAAAAGCAAGGCUAUGGUACUAUUGCCACACUAGACGAAUUUGAAAAUCAAUGCAAUCAUAGGUUGAACAUUGUARUUCAUUUUUUGUACUCUGACUCGGACGAUCUCAAGGACGCUGCCGAAUGGUACAGGAAAAGUUACAAGGAAAUGCAAGACAUAUAUAGUAAAGCGCAGGCCAAUGGUGGAUGGCUUCCGUGCUCAUUCGUACGACAUUCACGUCUUCAAAAGCAGCUUCGUUUCAAAGUCAGUCGAUUUGUUUGCGUCGAUCCACACAUUAUACGGUCGCCUUGGGAACUUGAAGAAAAGGUUUUGCAAGGACGACAAUGUGUUGGUGUUGUCCUAUGGAAAGGUACAGGCAAAGGUAGAACGCACUUUCCCAUGCAUCCAUCCAUAUCCCAYCCUUUAGUCCCAGCUGAUGUUCCAUUUAAUCCAGCACUUGUAAAUAUUGCCAGAAAAUUUGUCCGAGACAACAUUGGUAACAAUUUUCUUGCAAUUCACGUUCGUAUUGAAAGACAUUACAUGCGUUUAGGAAUGAAUGUUACCUACAGAUGUAUGAAGAAACUCAUUCGUAGAGUACUCGAAGCACGUAAACGUUUUGGGACAACUAAACUCUUUCUAGCCUCUGAUCUACCAAAAUAUGGCUCAGAUACGUUCAAAGAACAAUCAUCCACUCGAAAAGAUCGUGAAGUACUUCUAAAAUACUUACUAAAACAACUCGACUAUCCGAUUAUGUAUAAACCAAGAGAUAUUUACGACACUGGUACUAUCGCUAUCAUCGAAAUAAAUAUCCUCGCUGCUGGAAAAAAAUUGUACACUCUCGGUGGAGGGAAUUUUCAAGACUGGAUCAUUAAUUUAUUUCUGAAAAGAUCUUCAAAGAGCAAGCGAGACGUCCACAGACUGUGCGAACUAACGUGAAAAUCAUGUCAUCAAAAUAUUUGUACAAAUGGUUUGGGAAAUUAUUAGUUCUAAAUUGUAAGCGUUGCUCGUUAAAUAAGAAGACUAACAAGGUGAAGUCAGAUCUUUCAACACACAAUCAUCAAUAUCAUCACAUAUCAACACAAGUAAACGCUUCAGCAACUUUACGUGUGUUAUUUUACACGCUUCUUAUAUUUAUAAUCACAAAUCCUUCGKCUAUGUAAACACUGGUUCUUACAUCAUUGAUUACGUCCAUUUUUUGUGUAUUUUUGCGAUUAAGUCCGUGCUAAUGGACUAGUAAAUUCAGGAGGAAAACCUGCUUUGACAAUAACAUUAGAAACGAAAAAAAUCGCUCUUAUUCGUGCAUCUGCAUACGUCUUGUGUAUUUUUUAAUCAAAAAUAAAUGCCACAUUUGAGGAAGUUCUUGAAAAGGCGCUUUAAAAUAAUUUUAUAAAGAAAAGAGAAAAAGAGAAAGGUUAUAAAAAUUAAUAGAAGUAGGUUGUUUUCGUGUUUUUCCUUCAUGAAAUUCUAUCCUUUAGUUUAAAUAUAGCAAUUUAGUUAAGUGUGGGAGGCAAAUGAGAAUUAUUGCUUCUAUUGUAUCGAUUUAUUUAUUUCUCUUAUUUAAGUAUUUCUACAAUAGUAUUGUAGCAUUCCUAGAACUACUUUAAUAUUUGCUGAAAUAAAACUUUAAGAAUUUA